AUGGAGGGGGAUGCGUCCCAUGAGGAGCUCAGGCAAAGAUGGCAGGAGCUCAAUGAGCAACGGCAGGCGCAAGGCCUCAAGCCGCGAAGCUACAGGGACUUCCUAAAGUCCCGCAACAGGGAAGGUAGGCGCACAAGACUGGGCCUUGCAGUGGAGGACUACAGUGUGGAAAACUCGCCGGGAGAAGGCAGGCUGUUGCCCCCUGGCUUGAACCCGCCGCCUCCUCGAAGGGAUAGGACGGCACCCUUUGCUGCAGAACAGACAGGAGAGGUAGCGUCCGCCUCUGCGCAGCCGCAGCAAGAGGCCACGGCACCCAACACUGAAGGGGAGGAAGCGUCCUCCUCUUGGCAGAGGCCGGAGCAGGGACCUCUACGCUCUCCUGAGUCCGCCAGAAAGCGCAGGCUGGAGGCCGAGACUGAGGAAGGUGGGCAGGCCGUUAGGCUGCGGUCGGCUUCUGCAGUCCGUAGAGACGCCGCUGGCGAGGAAGAAGAGAGCAACGAGGUCGAGACGCAAAGGCCCUACGACAGUCACACGGAAGGUCCCCGGCCGGAGGCGUCCUCUGGCUGGGGGGACGAGGGCCCGAGUUUCCAUGCAGCAGUGGAACGCGAGGCCAAUAGGAGAAACGUGCGAUUGAUGCACCACCUUAUGGGGUCCGUUUUGGUCCUCUACAGAAGCCCACUUUCGGGAGCGCUCCUACCACGACCGGCGCACAUGCGAAUGGAAGGCAAGGGCAACCAGAGGAUUGCGUAUUCCUUUGGCUCCUAUGUGCUCAAAGUCACAACUUUUGCCUACGACCAUGGGUCUGAGGAGUACUACAGUACCCGGUUCACCAAACUGUGUGCUAUUGUGGUGCACGCGGGGCCUCUCAAUGUUCGUAUUGGGCAGGGUGCCCGUGCAGAGUAUGCUGUGCUCCACUGUCUGGUUCACGAGAAAGUGAACAGAAAAGCCGAGCCUUGGCUAAAUGCCCAAACGCCGGCGAUAGUCAGGGAAUGGUUCAGCUACCUGCUGGCCGUGGUUACCUGGCUGGGAGCCUGCAGGGUCAGGGUGGCAGACAUCACGAUCUCCAACUUGGGCUUGAAUGAGGAUCACGACUUGGGGAGCUGGUCAAGCUUGCCAUACCCCCAGUGGGGUGGCGGCAGCGGCCUUGAACGGCUUCUGGCCCAACGUGAGCCGGAGCUGCUACGACAGUUAAAGGCGCGCACCACAGAAAGGCUACAGGCUCUCUUUGAGCACUUUGCCUCCCAAGCGGGGCGGCUGCUGCGUGAGGCCGGCAGGCUCCCAGGGCCGGCCAGUGCCCGUACCUCUGCUGGUGCAAGCCGCCGGUCUUCAGGCUUCUUCUUCCGACGAUCCUCGGAUGUCUCCCGCAAGCAGCUGGAAGCGCUUCAGGCCCAGCUUGCGGUGAUUCUGUCAGACAGAGAACUGCGCGACAGCAGCGUGCUGCAGGACUUCCUGGGAGUCCCAGCCCAAGCUCCCGAGAUGCCUAGCAGUGUCCGGAUCGUGAACCUCCGGAGAUGCCACGACGGCGAGGCGGAAGUUCAGCUGGAGGUGCAGACGAGUCCCGAGAAGGCUUUGGUUGAGGGCCGCACGAGCGCCACUCAUGUGGUAGCCACGGUCCUCCUUCUGAGACCCAAAGGUGCAGAGGAGGAGUUGGAAGAGAUCGGUGACUUCAAGGUCCCUGCGGGCUCUUCGGAGCCUCUGACGAUCCACGGCCUGGGAGCCGACAGAGCUUACGAGUUCCAGGUGAAGACGGUCAACGACGUGGGCAGUUCUCCAAGUGUUCGCAUUCGCGUGCUGGUGCCCACGGACUUGCCCGAGCCGGUGUUGCCGUACCAGGGUGCUUCGGAGGUGGUGCCCAGCAAAGCCGUGCUGCGAGGUGCUGCAGACUUCCUGGGCAACGUACCCGCUGACACGAGUCUGGAGUCGACUGCAGACACGACCGAGCUGCCACCAGGCCCAGCCCAGGCCAGCGGCGACAAGCCAUCUGCAACCGACACGUCGACGGAAGCUCCGGCAAGCUUGCACCAAGAGGCCAACGGCGACGCCGACAAGCCUGCAGUUGCUGAGGCAGCUGUCGUCACAAACGACACGGUCUUGCCGGUGCCGGCAGCGGCUGAGAUGCCGGCGCCUGACACAUCAGCUGAGGCCAGCUGCAGCGAGCCAUCUGCGGCCAAAGAUCCGCCGGCGGAUGGUCUUGCGCAGCAGCAGGAAGUCGUGGUGGAGCAACAGGCCAGCGGCGACGCCGACAAGCCUGCAGUUGCUGAGGCAGCUGUCGCCAGAAACGACACGGUCUUGCCGGUGCCGGUGCCUGCUGAAGUUGAAGCAGCAGAUGCUGUCGACACAGCAGCCGCUGAGAUGCCGGCGCCUGACACAUCAGCUGAGGCCAGCUGCAGCGAGCCAUCUGCGGCCAAAGAUCCGCCGGCUGAUGGUCUUGCGCAGCAGCAGGCCGGCGGCGAAGCCAACAAGCUUGCACUUGUAGGACAGCAGACGGCUGUGCCUGGACCAUUGCCUGCUCAAGUUGAAGAGGCAACGGUGGAGAUGUCGGUGCCUGACACGUUAGCAGAGGCAAGCCGCAACGGGCCAUCUGCGGCCAAAGAGACGUCGGCAGAUGGUCUUGCGAGCCUGCAGCAGCAACACCAGCAGCAGGAAUCCGUAGUGGAGCAACAGGCCAGCGGCGAAGCCGACAAGCCUACAGUUGCUGAGGCAGCUGUCGCCAGCCACGACCCGGUCUUGCCGGUGCCGGUGCCUGCUGAAGUUGAAGCAGCAGAUGCUGUCGACACAGCAGCGGCUGAGAUGCCGGCGCCUGACACAUCAGCUGAGGCCAGCAGCAGCGAGCCAUCUGCGGCCAAAGAUCCGCCGGCGGAUGGUCUUGCGCAGCAGCAGGCCGGCGGCGAAGCCAACAAGCCUGCACUUGUAGGACAGCAGACGGCUGUGCCUGGACCAUUGCCUGCUCAAGUUGAAGAGGCAACGGUGGAGAUGUCGGUGCCUGACACGUUAGCAGAGGCAAGCCGCAACGGGCCAUCUGCGGCCAAAGAGACGUCGGCAGAUGGUCUUGCGAGCCUGCAGCAGCAACACCAGCAGCAGGAAUCCGUGGUGGAGCAACAGGCCAGCGGCGAAGCCGACAAGCCUACAGUUGCUGAGGCAGCUGUCGCCAGCCACGACCCGGUCUUGCCGGUGCCGGUCCCUGCUGAAGUUGAAGCAGCAGAUGCUGUCGACACAGCAGCGGCUGAGAUGCCGGCGCCUGACACAUCAGCUGAGGCCAGCAGCAGCGAGCCAUCUGCCACCAAAGAUCCGCCGGCGGAUGGUCUUGCGCAGCAGCAGGCCAGCGGCGACGCCGACAAGCCUGCACUUGCUGAGGCAGCUGUCGCCAGACACGACCCGGUCUUGCCGGUGCCGGUGCCUGCUGAAGUUGAAGCAGCAGAUGCUGUCGACACAGCAGCGGCUGAGAUGCCGGCGCCUGACACAUCAGCUGAGGCCAGCAGCAGCGAGCCAUCUGCGGCCAAAGAUCCGCCGGCGGAUGGUCUUGCGCAGCAGCAGGCCGGCGGCGAAGCCAACAAGCCUGCACUUGUAGGACAGCAGACGGCUGUGCCUGGACCAUUGCCUGCUCAAGUUGAAGAGGCAACGGUGGAGAUGUCGGUGCCUGACACGUUAGCAGAGGCAAGCCGCAACGGGCCAUCUGCGGCCAAAGAGACGUCGGCAGAUGGUCUUGCGAGCCUGCAGCAGCAACACCAGCAGCAGGAAUCCGUGGUGGAGCAACAGGCCAGCGGCGAAGCCGACAAGCCUACAGUUGCUGAGGCAGCUGUCGCCAGCCACGACCCGGUCUUGCCGGUGCCGGUCCCUGCUGAAGUUGAAUCAGCAGAUGCUGUCGACAUAGCAACGGCUGAGAUGCCGGCGCCUGACACAUCAGCUGAGGCCAGCAGCAGCGAGCCAUCUGCGGCCAAAGAGACGCCUGCGGAUGGUCCUGCCAGCCUUCAGCAGCAACAGGAGAUGGAAGGCUCGAAAACGGAAGCGAUCGCUGAAUCCCUGAGCAAUGGCCAGCCGCAAAAACUGGACCCUGCACGGCUCAAGCUGAAGGAAGGGGAUCCGUACCUCAGCCCGCACGCACGAGCCCUGGUGAACGACGAGGAGGGUGCCACCUUCCUCAACAGCGCGGAAGAAGUUCGGUCGCCGCAACGGGAAAGUUCCGCGCGCAGCCUGCAGCCCCCGAGCGCUGGCUUCGCUCGGGUGGGGACUUUGGAAGUCCGGUUGAGCCAGCUUCCUGACAAGAAGGCCGUGGGUGCUGCCAUGGACGAGGCGGUUGCACAUCUGGAGGCCUACUACAAAGUCUCUGAACAGACAGCAGUUCGUCUCUACUUGGGCUGCAACCUCGACAUGGAGGAAGCCAAGCGACGUUUCGACGGCAUCCUGGAGUGGCGAAAGCAGUAUGGCGUGGAUCAGAUGCGCCAGGGCCUGCUAUCGGCGCUGCAUGCAGACGAGCCCGUGAUGGUGCCGUUCCACAAGGAGGUCGCCAAGCUCGUGACCAUCAACCCAUGCGCGCUCACCAGCGCAGAGGGUUCCCCUGUGAGCAUCUACCACGUGGGCACCGCCCACUCCUCGGCGGCUCCCAAGGCCGACGAGGAUCAGCUCCGGAGGUUCGGCGUCUUCGUGGCAGAGUAUGUGGACGUUUGGCUAUCUGCUCAAACUACGACCACUGGCAAGUUAGCUGGCCAUGUGCAGAUCUACGAUCUGCAGGGCUUGAGCCUUUGGCAGGUCUCCAGCGGCGCCUUGGUGGAGAAGCUGAAGAUCCUGCUUGGGGCUGGUCAGCACUAUAUGGAGCAGGUGUCCCAGAUCUUUGUGAUUCGCUCCUCUUCCGCCUUCUCCAUGGCUUGGAACUUCAUCAAGGGAUGGAUCUCGCCGCGCACGGCAUCCAAAAUCCAUGUGUCGAGCAGCAUACCGUCUGAGCUUCAGAAGCUGUUGGGGCCUAGUGCUGCCGCCCUGCCGGCGCUGCUGAAGAACCCGCAGUGGACAGCAGCUGUGCAGCGACCGCCAUUCAGUCCUGAGGAGUAG